AUGCGCAGCGGAGGUUCGUCCUCCGGCUGGGUUGGAAGACGACGUGUGGCGAAAGCUAAACUCGCCGUGGCAGGGUUACUUAGUUUGGGUAAAAGUCUUUUUGCCACUCCAGCAAAUCCACUGCCUCAGUACCCUGCACACUGGGCCCUGCCGUCUCAGACGUCGGACGGUAUGGCGACCGGCGACGCACGCACGACUCGCCAUGGAGACUGUCUCAGACUGUGUACUUACAAUGCGGGAACAGUGUGCACAGAUACUGACCUGCAUGCCCUUCUCGGAGCUGCAGAGCGUAUCAAAUUUCACGUGAUUGUGCUUCAGGAGGCCAAGUGCAGAAGGAGCGACGUACCACAGAUAAGUUACGGUACCCUCGUCAUUCGUGAAGAGACGGUUCCGUCACGAAGUGUAGACAGUGUUGGUUUUGUUGUGCACCCAUCUGUCGUCCAUCUCGUCGAUUCAAACGAGAUCCUGUCACGCGUUCUACGAGGAGCUGGAGGACGUGAUCCGGAACAAGAAGUCCUUCUAUGA